AGCUUCGCGAGUCGAUCGCCAUGGGGGCGAGAUGCAUCGCCGCGGUGGGUUUUGUGGCGCUCGGAGUCGCUGCAGCUCCGGCAGGUCACCAGCGAGGUCCUGGAGACAGCUGGCUGCUGCCCAGCCACUCCUUCGAGCGCACCAUCCACGAUGAGACAUGGCUGCUGAGUGCCGCGUCGAUGGCUAUGCAGGACCGCGUACUGUUGAUGCCGCCAGUGGCCGAUCGGGCCGCCUUCAUGUGGAACAAGAAGGCGAUCGAUUCCACAGACUUCGAGGUGGUGUUUACCAUCUCCGGGCGCUUGCCACGUGGCACCGACCAGGACGGGAUUUUCGCCUUCUGGCUGAGCUUGGAGGAUUAUGCCAAGCAAUACGACGAGAAGGCGAUCAUCGAGAAAGCACAGAGGGACAGAAAUAAAGAUUGGAAGGUGGGGCUGAGGGAUGCUGGCUUCAGCCAGAUGGGCAGCAAGCCCGACUUCAAGGGCUUGGCCAUCGUUUUCUUGCCCUUCGACGGGCAGCGCAAGCUCAGGCAGACAGUGGCGGCGCUGGUCAGCGACGGCUCCAAGGCGAUGCCCGCGCCACUGGAGGAGGUGCUGAAGGAUUCGAGGGCCACGGUGGUCACAAGCGACUGGCUGCCCUCCAGCUCAAGCUCUUGCCAGGUGCGGGUUCGGCUGCAUCCGGAUGGCAGCAUCGUCAUUGCCAAGCGGGACCUGGGCGUGUCUCACCUGCCCGGCUCUUUGUGGUCCUGGGCACCGGACGGCGACACGGUCAAAGGCACCUUCGUUCUGCAGCCGGACAAUACCUUGAGCUGGAAGGAGCACGCAAAGUCGGGGAGCUGGAAUUUGUUACCAGGUGGAAAGCUCAACAUGACGCUCUUCGAGGCGAACUUUAUCCUUCGGCUAGAAGGCAGGCGUGCAGUGCAGGAGUACCCAGAGUUUCCCACCCGCGCCAUCGCCUACCUGGGUGGCAAGGCAGAGGAGGAACCCUGGCAACAGCUCAUGAGCUUCCGGGCCAGCGCGCUGCCAGUACCAGUUCCUCGCACCUACCUUGGCUUUACAGGCUACUCCGGCACGAAAACCGGAAUGGAGGUGAACUUGAAUUACUUGGCCAGCUUCAAUCACGACCCCCACGUGCUGGGCGAGGAUGGCUAUAGCAUCGCAAAGUCGAAAGAGUGGAGGGAGGCCUUGGCAGAAGAGGCCCGCUUCGUCGACCGCGCCUCCCAGCGCGAGGCCCUAGAGCGCCUCACCAAGCUCUUAGCGGAGCACGUGGCGGACGAAGAGGCCUUAAGCCAGCAGAUGCGGGAGGAGUUCGUCUCUGUAGAGACCCGAAUGGAGCAGCUCAGCCAAAAUGUGGGCACCUACCUAGCAGCCACGCAGGCUUGGUCUUCUGAUGAUGGCCAGCUGCAUGCAGAGGCGAUCCGGGCCCACAUGGGCAAGGUCAAAACGCUGCUGAACAUGGGCAAGGAGGUGCACGAGGUCGCGCUGCAGCAAGCGCGGAACGCCGCCAGCAGGCUCAAGGACACCAGCAAGAUGCUGGGCUCCGGCGAAGGCAGCAAGCAAAAGGUGCUGGCUGUGGCUGAAAAGGCCCAGACAGUCAAAGACUAUGCAGCGGCCGGCUCGUCACAGAGCCAGCUGCUGUUCUUUCUCAUAGUCAUUUGCGUGUCCGUCUUGGGGGCCUUGUUCUUCAACCGGAUGAAUUAUUACGAGAAGAAGCAUUUCAUCUGCCGCACGGAGGCGAGGCUGAACGGCUGGGCUAAGGUUGAGCCGCGUCGAAGUCCCCCCACGACCGCUUUCAAGCGGGCCAAUGUGACUGCGAAUGGCGGCGGCGGCGCCAGUGCGGUUCGGUCCUUCUCUGCCCCUCGCGCCACGGACAAGGCGAAUGGUGUGCACACACCGCCGCGCCGACAAAGCGUCGGAUCCUCCACAGGCGCGAGGCUUCCCGAGCGCAGGCGCUCACAAGGCGAGCAUCCUGCAACCGCUCGGGAAGUUGCGCAGCAGUUGCUGCAAGCAUCAACCCGCGAAGAAGUCCAUCACAUCGACCUCCGGUAUCCGGCUACAAGCCUUUUCUCGCCCACGGAGUCCUCCGUCUCCUCGAAGCCGCCGUCACCUGCCAGCCCCUUUAUGCCGGUGCUGCCGGUGCCCCUGGAGCAACCAGAGGCUUUGGCAUUUCCACGGCCGAUCCAGGCGGACAGGAUCGACCUGUGGGCGCAAGACGCGCUUGCCAGAUGCUGUGACUGGCAGUCCAGCGAAAGCAGGCAGAUGCCGGAUAAGAAUUACUCCUACCUGGCCAUCCAACUGCAAAAGGUCUGGGUCCGAUGUGCGAAGCGCCAGCAGCGAGAAGCUUUGGCCUCACUCGGCGAGUCCAAGGGCGAGGAGGUCGCAACUUGGGAGCUCAAGCGACCUGCGCCACCUGCGCCACAUGCGCCGCCGCCCGCUCCGACCCAUGCACGGAAUAGCCACAGGGAGGACUGCCAGCAGGGGGUCCUCACCUUGGCAGCCCUGGUGGGUCUGCAGCUGCGUGGGGCGCUGAGGCGCUGGGAGAACUUCGCGCGCAGGAAGCGCUUCGAGGACCUGCAGUGCAAGGUGGUUAUGGCCCUGCGCAGCGUGCCGGAAGACGGCCGACGCACACCCAGCCUCGCCCAGAGCCCGCAGCAGGUGGAUGAGUUGCUGGACUCGCCUCAAGAAGUGCGAGCUGAGACUGUCCAGCAUCAUCAACCAGGGUAUCCUCAAGCUGAUCAACCAUCUCACCCCUCUCAAGGUCCUUCCCAUCAGCCUCGGGUCUUCCAGCCCGGCCGCGCGGACCGUGCGGACGUGUCCGUGAAGGCCCGCGACGUGAGCGACGACGAGUUCGUGAAGUCUUUGUGCGAGGAUCAGGCGCGCAUCGAUGAGGUGAUCAAGUUGGCCGCCAUCCUUUGGGACAGCGGCAGCUUGGUGCAGAUGCAACCCACGGCGCUUUUGAAGGCAUCUCUCCUUGCCAGGACUGCGGAGCGCUGCCAGCGCCACGUCAUGCGGGAAGCGCUGCACGUCUUUUGGAAGCGCUGCUCCCUUCGGCGCUUGGAGGAGCUGGUGGCCAAGGGGACGCCUCAGCCGGUGACGGCAUUGAUGAAGUCCCAGGCCGAGGUGGUGUCUCAGCAUUUGCCCGAGAAGCCUAGCCACGACUUGCACGCAGGUCAUGGAAGGCACGCGGAGACUGCUGGAGGAACAAGUCUGGUGGAAGGACUCCAUGCGCACGAAGCACUGCCGGCGCCGCUCACGCCAGCAGCCGAGCCGCUGGAACUUUUGGGCGAGCGCCCGGAGCGUGAGGUGGUGGCACAGCAUCUCCCACCACAUCACGCCCCGAGCCACGCGCCGAGCCACGCGCCGAGCCACGCGCCGAGCCACGCUCCGAGCGCGCAAAGUCACGCGCCGAGCGUGCCGAGCCACAUGCAGGAGCCAAAGCCGGAUCUGGCAGAUCUGGUGGCCCUACGUGAGAGGCUGGAGGUGAAGCCAGACAACCAAGGAAGCGCCUGCCUUCGCUCUGGACCCUUCCGACAAAUCGGAGACGGAGUCUGA